GGACAAUAGGGAGAGAGGGUGGCGCAUGCGCGUUCUGCCGACGCCAUCUCUGAACCUACUGUACCUAUUAUGUACUUGUUCCAGAGUCAAAUGAAUGCUAAUUCGUGGUAAAAACUUUAGUCAAAUGAUGGAAUUAUUGUGCCGCGAGUGAGAAUAAGUGUUUGUUCACAGUGUUCUAUUUGUGUAGUCUCUUUUUAGGGACUAGGCCAACGGCGUAUCGUAUCUUGCGGAAGUUUCUUGGCCCAUAGCAUCGCAUAUUUUUUGCGGCUAUCUCUGCCGCGGCCGUCACACUGGGAUAUUUCAUGGGCGUUUAUCAUCGAAAUAUCUAGUGCUUGUGUAUCGUCACUCGGGCGGCGUUGAGACGCGUUUGAUAUGAAUUCUGCUUUAAAGCCGGUGUUGCCCCAGCCGGGGGUGCCGCAGCCGGGAGGUCAAGCGAGUCCGGCCAAGGGGAACGUGGCGAGUGUGAACCACGCAGUGGGCCACCCGCAGGGCGCGCAGAACUCUCUACACCACGGCACCAAUAACCUGGUCGGCCAGAACUUGACUCACCACGCGCCCGCGCCGCAGUUGCCGCCGCACCCCGUGCCGUCCAUGGCGCCGGUUUCUGCCAACAUGGCGCAAAUGGCACAAAAUAUGAGUCACCAUGGCAACCUUUCUCAUGUCACUCAGAACUCAGUUCCCCCUGCAAACUUGGUUGCCAGUCCUAAUAAAAGUGCAAGCACCAGUGCACCACUCAGUUUGGUGCAGGACAAAGCUAACACUUCACAGCCCCUUGCAUUGACCCGCACUCCUGAGAAGAAGGAGCCUGAUUCCACAGGUCAUGCAAAUGGUACAAUGGAGUCUCCAAAAUCUGGAUCUAAUGCUCCUACUGCUUUAAAACCACAGAACCCUGAGCCUAAUAAAGAGAAGCAGGAUAUUGCUAAGACGUCUCCUAGCACACCAAAACCUCCUGAGAAACCAAACAGCGCACCGAGUACACCACAAAAAACGGAAACCACUAAUCCCGUAGGCCAAACCGAUGGUCCAGCUCAACCUAAAGUGGCCACAGCUAAUGAACAAGUUGAGAAGGCUCCUAAGCCAACAGAGUUGAAACCUGCACCGGCCGCAGAUAUUGCACCCACACAAAGUGACAAUAAGCCUGUGCCAGAAUCUGCAAAUGACAGUCAGUUGCAAGAGAAAACUGUCACACCUCCUAAACAAGAUGAUGAGCAAAAGGUAGCUGUAGCUGAAAAUGCUAAAGUUGAGAGCCCAGCUAAGCCAGAAGAAAAGAAGGAAGAACCUAAAGUAGAAAAGCCACAAAACACUAUAGAAGGAAAGAAAGAGGAUGUCAAAGUUGAUAAACCUGAGACUACAAAGAAAGAGGAGGUGGAACCACAGAAGACAGAGGAGAAACCAGAGGAAAAGAAACCUGAGGUUAAGGCACCCACCAAAACAGAAGUGAAAGUUACUCCCAAGUCGACACUGAAGUUGGCUACAGUGACACCUCCGAUGAGGAAAAGGCGUCAAACCUCCCCAGGCAAGUCCGUCGAUGGUGCCAGCUCAGCUAAGAAACCUGCUGAGGGUGAUGCUACACCUGAUGCCAGGUCAAAGAGGAAUAGAACUCAGGUGCAGCUGUACCAGUCUCCAACUCCUGAGCUGACGAUGGCCACCAAGCUGUCAGCCUCGGCUGGACGCUCUACACCCACCAAGCCCAAUGAUGAUAAACUUAUUGUGUUUUACAAGAACGAAUAUCUGGCCGUGCGCAACGCUGAAGGCGGUUUCUACGUGUGCCAAGCGAUGCAGAACGUGUACCGUACCACGCGCAAGAUCAAGAUCCGCUGGCUCUCGCAGGACAAGACCGCGGACCCCUCGGGAGAAACAUACAAGCCGGAUUUCUACGAUGUUACCGAUAUGGAGUGCGUGCUGACGACGCUGUCGCUGAGCCGCGCGGGCAGCGGCGGCGCGCAGCUGCUGCGCACCGGAGAGCGCGCUCGCGCCUCCUCCAUCCUGCAGCGCGCCCUGCGCGCCGAGCACGCGCCGCGCGACCAGCUGCAGCUCACCGAGGAGCACCCCGACGGCCUGGAUCUGUCGCUUUACACGGACGAGUCGCAAUUGGAAAAGAAGUCCCGCAAACGCACCAGUUCGAAGUCGUCGCCGCGCGGCAAGCAGGAUGACGCUAAUGAGACUGCAAAGGUUGCGGCGACGCCCGUCAAAAAGGCGCGAACGACACCAAAGCGCAGUCCGAAAAGCGCGCGCAAAACAAAAACGCCGCCAACAAAACAGAAAACAAAUAAAAGAAAAUCGGCAGGUAGUACGCCCACUGUGGCGAACACAAGCAAGGUAGGCAUAGUACAACGGAUAUAUAGAAAUACUGCGACGGCGGUGACAGAGAAAGCUAAACCUAAAGGUUCGCCCGCAAAAAGAACUCCCGCCAAGCAGGCAAAGGAAUCACCGGUAACAACGCCCGCGCGCAAGGGAAGAAGAGCGGGCAAAGAGAGCAAAGCGUCGCCAAUUGUACCGACGCCGUCGACCUCUACCGGCAAGACCACACGUACGCCGAGGAAACCGCCGGCGAAAAAAUAAUACACGUACUGUUCCCUCUUCUCUUUACUGUUAGCCUCCAGUGAAUGGACACUGAACACGUGCGCCGACAUUGGGUUUGUACUUCAUUCAUUCACAACUAUAAUUUAUUUGUAACACAUUUGUUUUGUGCAGUUUGGCAUAAUGAAACUUUGUCCUUAGCCUCUUUAUUUUUAAUCUGUUCAGUUUUGGCGGUAAAAGUACACCGUAGUUCUAUAUUAUAGCACAAUAUGGAUUUGUCAUGGAAAGUUUUAUAUUUGUAUAAGUUUAUUGUCUAUUAUUAUAUAAGAGAACAGUCAAAUUAUUACUGCAGUAUGGCGUAGAAUCCGUACACUGAUUUGUACUCAAUUUGGCCUGUUUUUUUUUUUUCAUAACAAAUACUACCUUUAUAAAGAAAAAGGUAAAUUUCCGCCUGUCUAUAAAUUUGCUAUAGUUUAGUUUUGAUUAUAUACAACACAACAUAAUAUAGUUUUAGUAUUUUGAAGAUUUCAUAAAAAUAUAACAUUUUGUCUAUGGCAGCGAUUCCUAAAGUGGGUUCCGCGGAAAUUAGGGAUUUCUUAAAAAGUCACCAAGGGUUCCGCGAAAUUAUUUAUACAGUUUUAAGUUGUUUCAUUUCAUUUUUUACAUUAAAAAUUAAAGGAAACUACUAAGUGUUAUAUUUUAAAAUAUUUCUAAGAAAUACUUUAUUCUUAUAAAAUUACAGUGUUUUUGAUUUGUAAUCACUUGAUAUGGAGGUUUCCAGAAAAUAAAAGGUAUUUGGUGGGCGUUCUGUUAUCUUAAAAGUUUAGGAACCCUGUGGUCUAUGGUAUACACUAAUACGUGGCCAUUGAACGCACUAAAGUUGAUAUUAGCUUAUUACGUCAUUCAUAGUGGCUUUAUUUCGAGUUUUCAGUUUCUUGUUAUUUUUUAUAACCUGACAAUAAUAGAAAUGGCGGCUUUGUAUCUCUAUUAGUUGUCACUUAAAGUAUAAAUUAAUUAAAUACUAAAAUUGUUACAAAAUUAUAAUUAUUGCAUAUUGAAAGAAGGAAAUCUUUUCAUUCAAGUUAACUUAUAUUUAAGCAUUUUUGAAUAGUAUUUUUUUUUUUUCAUUUCGGAACGCAAUUUCAGCCGAGAAGAACGGGCCAGAAACAGCUGUUGCUUUUGUUCCAAAAAGAUCAACAAUAUAAAUAAUAAUAAAUUUGUGUGAAUACAAAUUACUAAGUGGUAUUAAAUCAUAAAAUUUUAAAUAUAUAUAAUCAAAAGAUAUAAAAAAAAUUUGUUACCAGAGCAGACCAGUGCCUAUAGGUAGCACCCGUUCACGGGUAUGACGGGUGAACCAGCCAUCAUUGCGCUCAACCAUAUAACUCGAUAAUCCGGCCAUUUAUCUUUUUUUUUUUAUUAUCAAUAACAUUAGCAUUCAGAAAUAAUAAUAAUAAAUAAGAAAAUAUCUCAACCUGGCUCACGAGGUGACCGAAAUGUGGGGGGUGACAUCCACCGAAAUCAUUCCAAUCGUUAUGUCGGUGAACGGUCUUAUCCCAACCAGUCUGGAACAACAUCUCAGACGGUUGGGAUUCCGAGGCGGCUCACUCCCGGGAAAGAUGCAGAAAGCGGUGCUCUUAGAUUCUGCCCGCAUUGUACGCCGGUUUCUCUCGCUGGGGCCCUGAACCCCGGCCGACUGUGCUUCUGCCGGGGGUUAGUUUGCCAUCUCCUAUCCUUAAGAGGGGAGAUGUGAAUUUUUCUAGAAAUUUAAAAAUUAUAUAAUAAUAUAAUUUAUUUGCUGAAAAACACGGUAUACAGAUGUUAGCAAUAAUAUGUUAGGAACAGGCGUGUUUUGCCAAAACAAUGACAUGCAAAAUUUUAAUAUUUUAGGUUUAUCUAUAUCUAUACUUAUAAUAAAUCUGUAGAGAGGUCAAUUCUGUACAUGAAAUAUAUAAACUGUAUAUUUCCAAAAUAACUAUCAGCGGGUGAUUAGUGAUCGAUACUGAUGCCAAAAAUGCAAUCAGUAAAAUUUUUGUCUCUCUGUCUGUAUGUUCGUUAUAGAAACAAAAACUACUCGACGGAUUUUAACGAAACUUGACACAAUUAUUCUUCAUACUCCUGGGCAGGUUAUAGUAUACUUUUCAUCACGCUACGAUCAAUAGGGGCAGAGCAGUGAAGGGAAAUGUGUCUGUUACAUCAAAACCACUGAACCGUAAGGUAGGAAAUAGGCCACUUAUUUUAGGAAAAACGACGGAAACGCGGACGAAGUCGCGGGCAACAGCUAGUUAAUAAUAAAAUAAUUGUAUACAACCAUUUGUUUCAAACUGCAAUUACGUGACAUAAAUUCAUGGUGUUGCUUGUAUUAUGUUGUGUUGUAUGUUGAUGAAAAUUGAUGUGUUGCCAUGUAUUAUUUGUCAUGAUGUGACGUGAUCAUCGUAGGGUUAUAUUGUAUUUUGAGGAAAUAUAAAGCAAUAAAUGGCUGAGAAACUACAUACUGCAUGUUGACUAAUAGCUAAAUAUUUUUUUUUUUAAAUUUGUUUUCAUAAAAACUUGACAUUAUUUGUUAUUUAACGUGUAAUAUAUUAAUAAGGUGACUUUAUGAGCAUAGAACAGUGUUUCUUUUACAAAAAUAUUUUGUUAAAAAAAUAUAAAAACUUGGGAAGUUUAGUCUUCUGACCUUAGCCUGUCCCUCUGAGGGUAGAACUAAGAAAAGAAAUAAAAGAUGAAAUAAUUGUUUCUAUAAAAUAUUUUAUAAAUAUUGUAUUAAUGUUUUUAUUUAUUACAAUGAAUAAGUGUAUAGUAAUUAUGAAGUGAAAUCUAUAGAAUAACACAUGCAGUAUUUGAGUUCUCCGAAUGAACUGUAUUUGACCAUUACAAAAGAGAAUAUACACAUCUGUGUUACUUAAUCAAUUGGAGAACCGCAUCGAAGUGCGUUACAACGUACUUAUACAAAGCUCAUACAAUUUUUAUCAAUCAAAAUAUUUUAGGUUAGACGUUAAAAAUCACUUUAUACUAUUGAAUAAUGAGAUAAAAAAAAUCCUGUCACUCGAAGUGAAGUCUUUCAAAGUGAAUUCAAUGUAACAGGAUAAUUUAACUAACUUAACUAACUAAUAAUUAUAAGAGUUCUAGCAUUCACUGUAAAUAUUUUACAUUUAUUAACAAUACAAAAAAAAAAAAAAAUGUUAACAAACUUUUAUUGACGGUCUAUGGAGUAAGUUCAUUGUUUUUUCUAUUUUUUUUUUUAUGUAAAACUGAAAUGUAUGUUCUUUUCGAUAUAUUUAAUAAAAAAAAAAUGCAACAAUAAUAAUAAUAUAAAGAAUUAGUUGAAAAUGUUGUAAUAUCAACAGGAUAUUAGAGAUACCUUAUACAAAGCCAUGAUCUAUGGAUCUCGCUAAUACAUAGAUAACGUCUGUAUACACACAAACGUGUAUGUAUGUCGAUUGUAUUAUUUAAAAUGCUUGUACUUAGAACUAAUUGUUAUUUUUCUUUUGUAAAAUUGUUUUUAUUGUACACUACCUGGUUAUACGGUAUGUACCGGUUGUGCGGUGUGUUCCUUUUUCAAACUAUCAUAUUUGUUAGCUUAGAAUAUUUCACAUUUUACAAGUGAAAUUUCAUAUGUUACGCCUAAUCAUAUGUAUACUCACGUAUACUCACGUUACGCUGCCAUCACGGAGUGUGCUACAAAUCACUCUAAAUGAAAUCACGGUCAAAUUUAUUUGUGAGUUAUCAGCUAAUUAGUAGUGAAGUGAAAUAGCAACAGAACACUGCCUGGACCGUACAAAAAGUGCGAAUAGAGACUUUAACAGUACACGAGUUAUAGUGUAUAUUCGCACGCUCUUUUCAUAUAAAUCAUAAUAUUUCACUUUCAGUAGCAAAUAUUAGCUGAUGAAACUUCAUUAACAUUACUAGCGAAAAUCACAAUGAUUUGUCACAAGUGAUAUCACUGUGAAUAAAAAUAAUUCACUAAAUGUUGAUAAAUUAAAUGUAGCAAUAAUAUCCUAGCGUACAUAUAUGAAGCACAGAGGGAGUGAAGCCAAUUCAAAAGAGCGUAUCCGGUAUAUUGUAUAUUUUGAUGUCUACCUUACAGUUCUUUUGAAAAGUUCACUUCUCUGAAUAUCGUGACUUAGUUACGAUUCGGUAUAGCCUUUUCAACUAAUUCUAUAUAGAUAUGUAAAUCAUUACAACUUCGAUAAGUAAUGGAUUCACAGUCGCCGUUCAAAAAACAUCAUUACAUCUCAAUAGUACCGAAAUGUUCAUUUAGCUCUUUUGCUAUCUCGUUCCUUGUCCAUUGUUACUGUCGCAGUAUAUUUCUCUUUGUCACAUCUUGACAAUUUUGGGACGUUAUUUGCUCAGAUUUAUAAGGUGGCUGUAAAUCUAGUUAUAAAUGAUAUAUGAUUAUAGCUAAAUUAAAAACAUUGAAUGAAUGUAAUUACUCCAUAAACCAUAUGGUCACAUGUAUUCGACGUGGGCAUAUAUUUUGUGCGUUAGCGAGGUAUUUUUGCCUCUGUUAACAUUAGGCAAUAGUUUUAGAUGUUUUCAUUUGUAAGUUUUAGGCUAAAAAUUCUAAAUAAUGCGAGAGUAUUCGAUUAGGUAAUGCGAUGGAAUCAUGUAUAUCAGUACAAAGAAUUUAAAAUUAUUAAAAUGAUGUUUUUAUCAUUGGAUAUUUUGGCUUCACAUAAGAAUAUAUUUUGAUAUGAUCGGUGUUUAUUUUGAUUAAUAUAUUGUGGUGUUCUGUCGACGAUUGUGGAGUAAUGCUGACACGUUUAGAUCACAAUACAAAUGAUGAAGUUACAAAGUCGUAAUGUAUGUUUGUUAUCUGUCUGGACCAAAAUUGCAUUGUAAAUUAUCUAUACUACAUGGACAUUGUACAGUUGAAUACCAAAUGUUAAAUGAUCACUGCCUUUUGUAAAAAAUAAAUCUGGACACCUCUAGAUAAAUCGAAUAUGUAUACCGAUACUAGUUUGUCAGCCUUUAUUCAGUUCAAUAUUGUAGUUCCGCGGGUAGAGGGCGCCACAUCGUUCUUUAAUAUUUGAGGAGAAUCGAAUACUACCCGCGGACUCUUUUAGAUGUACUUUUUUGUAUGUCUUAUCCUCUCGAUUUUUGUUACAACACUCGACUUGUUAGUUUAGUUGGUUAGGUUGUAUACACAUAAGUUUCGAGGCGUACAUAGUGGCCCCUUUAUUUUGUUAAAUUGUUUUCCAUUCUCUCAGCGUUGUUGUCCCGUAACCCAGCUCUGUGUGAGCGUGCGCGUGUGUGUGUGAAACAUUAGGAAAUUUAAGUACCUAAAGCUUAGGUGGUAUUUUUAAUAUUAGGUUAAUUUCUAAAAAGGAAAUAAGCUUAGAAUAUAAAUUAUUGUGAGUGUAUUUUCUGUUUAUAAUGUGUACCUAUGUGGAGCGAAUGUUGUGACACUGACCGUCUGGUACAAUAGUUGUAAAACAUAUUUUAGCGUUUUAUACAAAAGAUAUCAGUUCAAGAGUACUAUUGUAACAGAAAGUCCACAAAUUUAUAUGCAAUUAAAUAUAAUAAUUUAAGAGGAAA